GUUUAGUUUUAACAUUUUAAAAUCCUAUUUUCCUUUACGUAAACAUAUCGGUUUUAUAUAUGUGAAUAGGUUAAAUUUAUUUAAAAGUUAAAUUUACUAUUACAAUGGAAACUAAAUCCUUAUCUCCUUUUUCUUCCUCUGAAGUAGAUUCAUUUUCAGCACUCCAUAUCCAGAAAUACAGCUUAAAAAGUUAAAUUUACUAUUACAAUGGAAACUAAAUCCUUAUCUUCUUUUUCUUUCUCUGAAGUAGAUUCAUUUUCAGCACUCCAUAACCAAAUCAAGUUAUUCUCGGUGUCAAAAAUGUACAUCAACAUCAGUAUUAAAUGAACAAUAUUUCUAGAAAAGGUUAUAAAAAAUCGUUGGUUAAGCUAUUCUUAAGGCUAUUUUCCACUUCAGAAAAAUUUUCCGCAGAACAGGCAGGAACAGAAAAGCUUCUAAGCAUGCUAUAAUGUUUGCAUCAUGUGAGUGGAAUUUUGUUUUUAACUUUUUAUUUGUGUUUUGUGUGGAAACAACAGGUAGAAAAUUAUUUAGCCAAUCAGAAUAUUUGAUUUUGUGAGAAUUGCGAAAAGUGUGAUCACUUUCUGUGUUAAAAUGUGCACAACAAUAUCAAGUGGAAAUUACCAGCAGACAAUUUUGGAUUCUGUUCUGUUCCUGAAACAGCCUUUACGAAAAAAAGAACAAGAAAGAUACUUUAUACGUUAAAAUCAAGACUUGAUCCUAACUGGAUAUCAUCAAUUUGUACGCUUCGACCUGUCAGAAAACAAGAGGAGAUGCUUAUUGGCAUAACAGUGUCCAGCUGUUUGAAAGUGUGGACUUUAAAACCAAUUUUUGAGAGUAAAAAUGAGACAAUAUAUGAGGAAGAAUCAAAAACGCUAGACUGCAUGAAGGCAAAAGUAAUGUGUACAAACCCGUUUACACAAAGAACUGUACUUAUUAUUAGCACUCAGGCCUGGCAGAUAUUUGAUGCCAGUGACUUCAGUUUUCUUGCUGCAUUGCCUGCACCACAAAAAAUCCCGCUUACUAAUGGUGAUUUUGUGGCAACCAAUAGAGUUCUUAUAUGGAACAAAAUGGGAAAAGCUUUCUUAUACCGAUUACCUUCAAGGUACCUUCUUGGUGCAGAACAAAGUGACUCUAUAUUAGCAGCUAGUUCAUCAAGAACACCAGUGCCACUCUGUAGCUUCAGUACGUGUGUAGAAGGGGAUACAUUUGAUUAUCCUAUGGCAUUUUCAUAUGGAAGGCGUGGUCCUUAUUAUAAGUUGCUGCUUCAAGGAGCAUGUGCAGGGAUUUCAGUGUGGAAGGUACCUGACAGUGAAGCAGCAGAUCAAGUCUUGUCAGCUUCAUCUGGAAGUGAUAAAAGACACAAUCCCUCAGAAGUGACAUUUUCAGAUGAAGGAGUUCGAAAAACGAUUCUUCUUGAUACACCAGCUAUAAGAACUAUUCCAGUGGCAGCCAAAUCCAGUUUAAAGGCAUUAUGGGAAGCUACAUCACCAGUUGGCCUGAUCGAUGGUUUAGAAGGCGAAGGGACAGUUGAUAUAAGAAGUAGUCUAUACUUACCUUCCCAAGGAAAAAUGGUUUGUGGAAGAUCAAAUGGAACUAUUGUGAUUGUUGAUGCUAUCAGAGUUUCCAUAUCGCAACUGUUACAAUCUUGUGAUGCCGACCCGUCACCAGACAUGUCCAUAUAUCAAGUCUUCCAUGGUCACACCGGUUCUGUGACAUGUUUACUCUAUCCACAUGACGAAAAUCCACGGUACAAUGAAAUUUACCUUAUUUCCGGUGGUUCAGAUUUCACUGUUCGUGCUUGGGAUUUAGCUUCUGGUACUCUUUUGCACACAUUCCAUUGUCAUGGUGGCGAAGUAUUGAGACUGAUGGUAACACCUCCAGAAUGCAAUACACGUUUUAUGUCGUGUAUUUGUUCUGUUGGUCAAGACCACUCUGUUGCGGUUGUUGGAUUAAGGGAACGCAAAGUUGUUCUCUUAGCAAGUCGCCAUACGUUUCCUGUGGAAACAAUACGAUGGAGAGUAAAAGAUGAUUUUAUGGUUGUUGGAUGUUCUGAUGGAUCUGUGUAUGUUUGGCAAAUGGAAACAGGUCAUCUUGAUAGAUGUGUGGCUGGUGCUGUAGCUUUAGAAAUUCUUGAAUUUUGUAACGAAGAAACUUCUGCCCCAUCCCAAGCGGUUCGCGAACAUCAACGCAAGUUUAGACUACAUCAUCAUUUAACAGACAUGGCACAUCAGCUGCCGAUUGAUAUUAAAACUCCACUAGUAAUGAAAAGAAUGAGAAGUAGAAUGGCUGCACUACAUCACCACGUUACUAGUAGUCAUAAACUGCAAAACCAUGCAAAACAACAAAAAGGGGAACAUCAGAAGCCGGUACCUCCUCUUCCGCCAGUGCGCGUGUGUGCCUUAAGAACAAGUACGAAUGACCCUGACAUCUAUGUCAUACUUUUGGAUCCAGAAGCACUGAUUAAACAGCUACUGUCUGAAGAAGCUAAUUAUUUUGCUCAGAAAGACUCCCCAGCGAAUCCCAAACAUUACCCAAAUGUCUUGCAAAACCAGAUUACAGAAGAAAGAAAAUCUCUUUCUGGAGAUUUAGGUUGUAGGUCCUACGAAAUUGCUCAACUACUGUUGUCUUGCAUUCAUGGCUGGGGACUGGAUCCAAAUUUAGAUAAUCUGUGCAUUUCUAAAUUGGGUAUGUUGAAACCAGUUAAGCCGUUAUCUUUUGGAUUGUUAACAAGAGGGAGACUUACCCUUAUGUUGCCAGGUUGGUAUAUAUUUGGUCAGGAAGAUCUCAUUGCAGGUGUGUUAGAGGCUGGAGGAAACCUAGCACAGGCAAAUGUGGAUGACAUAGAAACUGAUGAAGAGAAGGUUUACUACAAUGCUCAUUGGCAACUCUCUUCUUCUAUCACAACACAACAUCUUGUCAGCAUUGUUGCUGUAACUAACACUUUGAUGAGUAUGAACUAUGUCAGCUUCACUGCUGAAUCUUUGCAAGCUAGUGAUCUCCAUCCACCAGAAUUAUUACGUAGUGGCAGCAUGAUUCGAAGUGAAAUCAAAGCAGGCUGGAGUUUGCUGGCUGCUCUACAUUGUUGCACGCUUCCUGAUGCAAUGAAGGGGUUAAAAUACAGACCACCACUGUUGCACAUACUUGCAAGAAGGUGGCAAGAUAGAUGCUUAGAGAUACGUGAGGCCGCACAAGCUAUACUUCUUGCUGAGUUAAGAAGAAUUGGUCAAAAUGGUCGCAAACAAUUGAUUGAAGCUUGGUCUCCUCAUCUACCACAGGAUUUCGAUUCUGCAGAUUUUGGAUUUGAGGAUUUAGAGCAGUACAUGAACAAUGAAGAUGAAAAAACAGUUUUUGUUAGUGCAGAAGAAGACCGACCUGAUAUUGCCAUGGUUAUGAUGACGACAAGAAAAAUGGUGUCCAGUGACAUUAAAUUACGUCAUGCUACUGCUAUUAUUAUGUUAGGUGUUAUUGGGGCAGAGUUUCAAAAAGAAGUGGAUCCAGUGAACCGAGAUUCAAAAGUGUCAGAGGGAUGUAUGGAUGUUACUGUUGUGAGAAAUACAGCUAAGGCGCUUACUACAUUAUUGCUACAACGACAAUCAUCAAAAACGCCAGCAUAUAGUGCCAUCAGAAGAGCAGCAAUCGAUUUGAUUGGCCGGGGUUUUGCAUUAUGGGAGCCACAUAUUGAUGUUUCACACGUUUUGCUUGGUUUAUUUGAGUUGUGUGCAGACAUAGAGUCUCGCUUACAAAACGAAAAGAGUCGUGGCUUUUCUGUAACAGCUGCAAAAGAUCUUCACCGAUCAGCCAAACAUUCAUUAUCACUGAUUGCAACAGCACGACCAUCUGCAUGCAUCACAACAUUAGCUAAAGAGGUUGCACGACAUGUCGCAACGUCAUCAAUGUCAUUCACGCAACCAUCACCAGCUGCAAUCGCUGUCUAUUCACAUGUUCGGCAUCAACCACCAGUGUCUGGAGAGUCGCAAGUAUCACAUGCGCUACAUAACGCAUGCAGUGAGAUACUUCGUGUCAUGGAACUUAUGAUUGAAAAAAACCAACAACAAGUCAUUGAGUUUAUUGUAGAGGUAGUUGAUAUUAUUGUGCACAUGUUGGACUUUAAAGUUAUGAAAGAUCGAGGAUUGACAGAAGUUUUCCCUUCCAUUUUCAAAUUUAGCAUGGUAGCUUAUUGUAACAACACUCGCCGUUUGGCUGUUGGCUCACGGCUAGGACAUAUAGCUCUGUACGAAUUGAGAUCAUCUCGUUGCCAACUAAUACCUGCUCAUGACAGUCCUAUUACAGCACUAGCGUUCUCACCAGAGGGAAAAGUGCUUGCUUCGUUUUCAUUUAAAGAUAAAAGGAUUAGUUUUUACCAGACUAGUUCCAGUCUUCUUGGUAUGCUUAGUUCUACUGUAAAAUGCAUCCAAUCAUAUUCAACACUGUUACCUGACACACAACAAGCCAUGAAAACUGUUCGUAUAUUAUGGACGACCAAGAAAAAUGUGGUUUUGCUGCUAGGAGAUGGUAGCCAACAUAAGUUUUCCAUAUAAAUGCUGCAAGUAAAAAUGCAACUGACACUGAAAUCAAAAAAAAUCUGUCAUCUCUUCUCUGGUGUAAUAUAUAAAUGAAGUCUUGGAUGAGCCAAUGAGGUUAUAAAAAGAUAUCUAUAAAAAUUACAAGA